UGAUGUGGAUUUGCUAAUUGGAGCAAAUGCUUCCAAGGUAAUGGAGCCCUGGGAGGUUAAAAACAGUGAUGGAGAAGGACCUUAUGCAGUUAGAACCCUACUGGGAUGGGUCGUGAAUGGACCAUUACAAGGAAGCAAGGACAAUGGGAACACAAUUGAAUGUCCGGAUGUUACUGUUAAUAGGUACGCAGACAAGCUGGAGGAGCUGGAGCAGGGCAGGCAUGAGCUGCGGCUGAAGCUGGAGGGCUGCCAGUCCCAGUGGGAGAGCCAGGUGUUGGACCUGGAGAGGGAUGCGAGGGAGCUGAGCUCCCAGGUGGAGCGGCUCAACCGGGCCCUCGGCGAGGCCGAGAGGGACAAGAGUCGAGCCCAGAUGGAGCAGAGCGAGCUCACGCAGCGACUCGGGGAGCAGCUCAACACUGCAAUGGAGGUGGAGAGAGCCAUGUCCAGUAAGCUGCAGACCCAGGUGGAGGAGCUUCAGGAGGAGGUGUCCCUGCAGGAAGGUAGGAGCCACGGAGACGCCUCCCUGCUGUCCGAGCUGGAGAGCAGCAUGGAGACGACAAGCCUCAGGGUCAGCAAAGAAGAGAUUACACAAGAAAUGUGGUCCAGUCUUCAGUUACUGCUCCCACUGACACCGAAAUUGAACAGCUCGGGGAGGUCAGAGGUCGUGGAUCAAAAGGAAGACCUGCACACAAUGCUGCAUCAGCUGAAGGGAGUGGCCCAGACUCUGGCACUGACGUGCAGCCCUCAGGAGCUGAAUCAAGCUUUUGUCGACAGGACGGGCGAUCAGUGUGAGAAUCCGAGUGCAGCGCAUGAGCUGAGAGAUCAGAACGUCCAUCUGCAGCAGGAAAACGCUGAGUUGACGCUGCAGGACGUGGAGGAGGAGGCCGACGUCGUCCAACAGGCCAUCAGAGAUCGAGAUGAAGCCAUAGCCAAGAAAAACCUGAUGGAGGCGGAGUUGGUGAGAAGUAAAAGUGACAUGAUGUCUCUCAACAACCAGUUAUUAGAAACCAUCCAACGUAAGCUGGAGUUGUCACAGGAACUGGAAGCCUGGCAGGACGAUAUCCAGAUCGUUAUCAACCAGCAGCUCAGGUCCCAGCAGCAGAUGGAGCAUCCUCAGAAGAAGUCCACCUCCAACGGCACGUCCUUCUUCCGCAGGGGGGGCAGAGCCGCCUCCACCUCCUCCACCUAGAGUUCAGACGCGAAUCAAGGCAAAACACCCUGGAGAGACUGGUUAAAACGAGGCAGACAUGGUAGACGCAGAGCGGCAGACGAAAUAAAAAUACCUCCUAAUUGA